UGAAUGCAGCGACUAGUUUCACUGACUAUAUGGGACCCUAUUGCUUCAAAAGCUUUAUUUUUCGUAUCAGAAAAUGAAAACUAGUUUAAGUUAUUUUUAAUGGUCAAAGUUAGUCUAAUGAGUGAUCCUUCCGCCAUCAUAACCCAAGUGAACCCGAAUGAGCAGGUUAUUCCAGCAGAGAGUAAAAAUCAUUCGCAAACCGACAAUACAGAUUUCGUCUCUGGAACCGACGGGGCGGCUGGAGUCAAUGGCCAGAAGAAAGACAAGGACUCGGCGGGUGGAUCAGCCGGUGGUGGCUCAAGACACUCGGGAGGCGGAGGCUGUUUCCGCUCUCUCUUCUGCUGUCUGAAGAUCAGGAGUAAGAAGCCCAAGCCAGAGCACAACAACCCCCCAGUAGCUCCCCUGGCCAACACAACUGCCGCGGAGCAGCCAGCCACAAAUCGAGGUCAUUCUCUCCUGCCCUGCAAGAACCCCCUGGAUCGGAACAAGAAGUGUGUCGUCAUCGACCUGGACGAGACACUAGUCCAUAGCUCAUUCAAGCCGAUUGACAACGCGGACUUUGUGGUUCCGAUCGAAAUAGACUUGACGGUGCACCAGGUCUACGUGCUGAAGAGACCCCACGUGGACGAGUUCCUGCGGCGCAUGGGGGAACUGUUCGAGUGUGUCCUAUUCACCGCCAGUCUCGCUAAGUACGCGGACCCGGUGGCUGAUCUGCUUGACAAAUGGGAAGUAUUUCGAGCUAGACUAUUCAGGGAUUCGUGCGUCUAUCACCGUGGAAAUUACGUUAAAGACUUGGGGCGAUUAGGCCGCGAGCUGAAAGAUGUCAUCAUAAUCGACAACUCUCCCGCUUCCUACAUUUUCCAUCCAGAAAAUGCGAUUCCAGUCAACUCUUGGUUUGAUGACAUGGACGAUAGAGAACUGUUAGAAUUAAUUCCGACCAUGGAGAAAAUAGCGAGCACGAAUGACAUCUAUCCAGUAGUGAAGGAGUGUGCCCUAUCGAAACAGAGACCGCCACUAUCCUCGGUCAGCAUCAUGCCUCCCGCGCAGGAGAUAGGCGCCUACACCAUCACCAGUCCUCCCCCACCUCAACCCCCCUCCUAUGCGACCGUCUCGGCAAUCCGAACGAGCAACAAUUCCGAUAGUGGAGACGUGUCUUCGGUUAGUUCCGGGUCCUACACAGUCGUCGCAUCAACUUCGGCAUCCUCGGCAACUUUCGUGGGACCGAAUACGAGACUAAGUGGUGCUACGAAUGCCACAAGCAACAACCCCCAGCCGUCCGAAUCCAUAAAUGUUAAUGUAGAUAACCCUAACAGUAGCUCAGUUAGUAACAUACAGCCACAGCAGACGACAGCGUAUCAAGGCUCAGAACCGCUGAGGGAAAAUAACACUACUACUACUACCACGACGACUACUAUAUUUUCUACAGCCUCUGAAACAGGCUUCGACGAAACCAACAAAGGCCAAGUGUCGCUGCUUGCCGGUGACAAUGAGGUCAAAAGAUCUGCAUCUGAAUUGGUAACGGUGUCAAACUCCUCGCAGGUUGAACUGAACGCUGCAGAUAACUCAGCGGGAUCGAAAGGAUCCAUCUCAGCGAGUGUUGCGGCAACGACAAAUUCAACCCAGGCUUGAUUUCGUGCAGCUUGGAGAAAAGGAAAUGUGGUCGCAAACGUCCAUUAUAAUUGGUUUCUAAUUCACUGUCAACAGAAGUUACGGUCUGAGUUCUAUUCUGCCUUCAGUAGUAGACUAGUCACACUGUCCAGACAAGAUGGCCUUAUUGUACUAAUUCUGUCACUCAUCAAUCGCUUGCGAAAUCACUCUCGCUCUUCUGAGAUCCGCCUCGAACAUCACGAUUUCGAUCGCUUCAAGGGCAUUGCACUAAGUGCUCACUUUUUCUAUUGGGACGAGUCAACGGGUUAGGUUCUAGCUUUGAACUUGGUUUGCCGGACCCCAGACUAAACUUUCAUCAGUACUAUUGCACUUACUUGGACUGUUUUGAUGACUGAUUCAUUGAGCGAGUUGACUAUUAGAUGGAUAUUGAAUUGUAAUUCGGAAAUUAAUUAUAUGUGAAUGCUUCGGAAAUGACGAUUAUGCAAAUUUGAUCUAUUUUACAAAUACUUUUUACAAAUUUCUUAAUUCGAAUUCGACCAAUUUUCAUGCAAUUUGUCAAUUAUUUAGCAUUCAUCUCUUAAUCGAGACGUUAUUGUUGGGAUGAAAACGAUUGUCUCAAGUUAGUUCUGAUGCGUUACACUUGGCCAGACUUAGUUAUUCUCAGCCUUGUACCUUUGGCGUGCUGGGAGUUUCGGUGUAGCACUAAAAAAAUUUUUACUCUUGCUCAAAAUUGAUAGUUGUUUUUAUAGAAGUAAUACCUUAUUUCUACGCCACUAUUAUCCACUGACUGUUUGUUGCGCAUUACAUGAAUUCCAUUCCACGAAACAGCGCAUUGAAAUUUUGUCAACGAACAUUCGUUUAUAUAUUCUUUUUCGAUACGUUGACGAUGUUUUUGGUAUGAAAGUCUCGAAUUUAAACUGCCUCCAGCGUAUGUUGAUGACUCAGUUGCGCCGGAGUGUCUUUGCUUGCUUUUUGAAUUUGGAUUCUUUCGAGCGCCAUGAGUCCCAACAUCCGAAGUGUCCAAGCAAACGAAGGCAGCCGGUGGAGACUUUUACCGGAAUUCCCUUUGCAAUUCAGACGAACUCAAACAGUGCUAUGCCUCAUCAACUUCAAAGAAUUAAUUGUAAAACUGUGAUGUAGUUUUCUUAAUUUUUCGCAUUUUGAAGUCAACAGAUGAUUUUUGCAAGCCAAGCGAAAAGUUUCAGUUUUUUCUUUAUAAUACUAAAAAUCAAAACAGUUGACUUCAAAUUUUGAGUUUGUGUUUGAAAUCAAUUGCUUAGCGUUACCAUUUUGUCACAUGUGAAAAGGUCGUUUCGUUUGUUAUGGCUUUAAUCAUUUAGAUUUUUGAAUUUCCUGCAUUGUAGUCAAUUGCGAUGUUUUUGCAAACUGCUAAUCACUUUUUCUAUUGGUUUCCCGCUUAAUUGAGUAGAUUUUUAGCUGCUGUUUAUUUUCCAUAUUUUAAUUUCCAAGGAAACUGGUUUAAUUUAGUGAUAAGUAGUUUGAACAUAAUUUUCAAUUCAGACAUGUUAAAAAGGUCACAGUUUCAGUUGAAGGCCAGAAUCGCAAAAAUGAUACAUACUAGAAACAAAAACUAAGGUAAACAAAGAGUUUGCAUUUCAGCCAUUUUAUUUUUGUCAAUGGUUCUUCUAAAAGCAGCGCCGAUGGAACCGUAUUAGUGUCCGCAUGUAGAUAAAGUACAAAAAAUCAGCUUUUUUCAAGCUUAAUGGGAACUAGUAACCAACCAGAAUGAAAAAUGUGUAAUUUGAAUGUAAUUAAACGGACGAUUUAUAUUUAUCCCAGCAGCCUUUUCUCAAGUAUCUCUCCUAUGCCUACUAGCUCACACCGGGUAAAAAGGACAAGCCAAAAUACCCUUUCGUUCCCUCCUCUUUAUUUAAAAACUCUCCCUUGCUCUGCUGACCCGGACGCUGGAAAGGGUAUGCUAAUUCCGGCAAAAUUGACAAAAGAGGGUUGACUGAAGAUGCUUUCUUGUUCAAGUCAUGCAACUUAUCUGUUUGACUCUUGUGUGCGUUUGUUUUGAACUGAAUACGCUGCAUUAAAAAUAUUGAAAGAAUUAAGACAGGUUUGAAUUAAUUAAAAGCGCAGGUACGGGCGUAAUUGGGGAGGGUGGAUUUGACACCAUCGCAGCUAAAAGAGUCCCUAAUUUGGAGAAGUGUACCCAUCUCACGAAAUAAUCAGUUCCUCCACUUCACUCAAUUUUCAACACUGAAUUUUGUAUUUCAACGCGCCAUAAAAUUACAGAGACAAAAAGGAAGACGUUUUAUUUAGGAAAUUAGAUUAUUUAUUAAAUGAUAGAGAUCGUUUUAGACCGCUGCUGAAACGUUGACUUUUCUUUCAAGACUGAACGUGCAUCUAGCUCCACUCUGGCUUUCGUCCCCCUCCCAAGAAAAAUUCAUCAAAUCGCUUCUUCACCUCAUAAAAACUUCGAGAUUCUUCCUUUUUCGUGCUGUAUUGUAUCAUUGUUAUAAAUUUGCUAUUCGACUGGUGUAAGCUGUAAGGAAAAACAGUAUAGUAGUACUAACGGACUUUAAUGUAUCUAAAAUCUUCUACUCAUGGUCCCAAAUGAAUUGAAAUUGGUAGUCAACUAUAAACAGAAUUGAUCAAAUCCCCCAAAUUAACUUGUCAUAAUUAUCAAAAAGAUAUAAAUAGUUCGAUAAAUUUAUUGCGAUUCACAAAUGCAUAAUCUUAUUCUGUUCGCUCCAUUUUGAAUAAAUUGAAUUGAAGUGAAUUUAAAUUGAAUUUUUAUUUCAUUCUUACUAUCGUAUUGUACUAGUGUACAGUAGCUGCUAAAGCUAUGGAUUAAUUUCUAAAUUUUGAUAUUUUUUCUCUCAAAGUUGAUAAUUUCAAUUCACCAUACAUGAAUCGA